AUUCAAAGUUGAAUUUCAACUCUCAUCCCCAUCCUCUCGACCAAUCAAGAAAACGACUAUUCUUUGCUUUCUUUCUCAUUGUGUUUGGAAAAAAAAAGUCAAGGAAAUAUAUAUCAAUAUUGGCUCAUACAAUACAAUAUAGAAUAAUAAUAGAACAAUCAGCAAAGAAAGCAAUUUACGGUUUUGGCUCUGUAUUAGAAAUUCGUAUUUAAAGUUAAGCAGUUUUGGUUCGGUUUGUAUUCAUUCCUGAGCUGAUAGGAAGGCUGAAAGCUGAUAGUAAUACCCUUUUCCACUGGCCAUUUUAUCCUUUCCCUAAUUUCUGUUUUCUGGGUAUUGGGUAAUUUAGCCAAACACAGCACAUCAAGGAAAGAAAUAAAGAAAGAAACCGGUAUUCUAUUUUAUAUGUUGAAGUUGAAGACAUGAGCAAACAUUCAUCAGCUGCAGGUGCCUCCCGCCGUGCUAAAGAAACUGGCUUUUUCAACAAGAUCAAGAAUGUUACUUGCCUCAAGUCAUCCUCAUCACACAAUGGGCAAGGGGGGAAAGGGAAAAGUAAGUCAUCAAGUUACAAAGUGUCCCAUGGAUUCCACUUAGUCGAAGGUCAAUCAGGCCAUGAUAUGGAAGAUUAUCACGUUGCUGAAUUCAGAAAAAAAAGGAAUCAUACCCUUGGAUUGUUUGCAAUCUUUGAUGGUCACUUGGGGGAUCGUGUGCCCACUUAUUUGAAAGACAACCUUUUCAACAACAUACUCGAAGAGCCAAAUUUCUGGAAAGACCCUGAAUCAGCUAUAAGGAAUGCAUACCGCUCCACAGAUAAGUUGAUAUUGGACAACUCUAUGCAAUUAGGGCCAGGUGGCUCUACUGCUGUAACUGCGAUCGUCAUUGAUGGCAAGGAUUUAUGGGUAGCAAACAUUGGUGACUCAAGAGCAGUUGUGUGUGAGAGGGGCUCUGCCAAUCAAAUUACAGUUGACCACGAGCCGCAUGCUGAACGAAGAAGGAUAGAGAAGCGGGGUGGCUUUGUGACUACACUUCCUGGAGAUGUGCCCAGGGUUAAUGGCCAACUUGCAGUUGCACGGGCUUUUGGAGAUCAGAGCCUUAAAGCACAUUUAAGCUCAGAGCCUGAUGUCAGACAUGUCCCCAUAGACUCUACUAUUGACUUUGUAAUACUGGCUAGUGAUGGAUUGUGGAAGACAACUUCAUGGAGGAUUUUCAAUGAAAAGGGAUGAAAGUCAAUUUGUAACAAAAAAGAAAAAAGAAAAAUGUUAAAAAGGAUAAAUAGAGAAAAGUUACUUAUUAGAUUAAGUAAAUAUUAUUUCAAAACUAUUAUCUUAAUAGUGUUUUCUUUUUUAACUCUAUGUUUCCUCCCCAUUUAACACUUAUAAGAUACAGAAUCUCCAUUCAAUUAUAUCUCCUUUACCAAAGAAAAAAAAACCAUAAAAGAAAUUCUAGUGUUUACUUUUAGCUGUAUAUCAAACCAUUUUCAUAAUAUAUGCAGUGUUUAGAAAGGAAAAUUAUCCUAUACACCAGUGGUAGAUGUUUAGACUCCACAAACAAGUUUUCAUGGUUGCCACAUGUUUAUUUCGCUAUAACUUGGGAAAUUAGUAAAUUAAUGUAAUUAAUGUUAAUUAAUAAAUGGUACACAUGUUGAUUAUAUAAACUUGCCUACGUAGUUUAAAAACUCUACCGUAUAGGACAAUAAUCUAUUUUAAAUCAUAGCAUUAAAAAUUUUGUACUUAAACUUUUGUAGUGUCUAAUUUUUUACUUUAUCAAACACAACCUUAACUCUUACUAGAUUACAAAUCAGUAUGCUAUGAAAGGGUUGGUUUUCUUCUUUCUUUUUUUAUUCAACUCAUUGUUCAUUACUACUACAAAUAGGCUAAUUGGUAGAACUUAGGAAGAUUUCAGCUGUCGCAGAGGCCUUACUGAAUCAUUUCUGCUGAAGGGGCUGUUUAAGUGGUUCUCUCAAAAGAACCCUGGGAUAUCUAAUUUAUAUAUCAACUAAUCUAGUCAUUGAUCCUAUCAUAUGUUAAGGAACAAUGGUCUGGUAAAUAAAAUACAUUUUGAAAGAUGGAAUCAUUUAACAUAUAUGUGGACUGGUAAUAGGGAAAUGAUUUUCAUGUGCAUCCAUGAACGAAGCCCUGUGGUGGUCUUUUUUAUCUGCUCUGCAAAAAUUGGUAUUAUCUUUCUAUUCUUGGUUGGUUUUCUAGCCCAGUCUUAUUUUAGUGGGAAAUGAUUUAACAGUGUAAAUAAGCAUCAAUGAAAAUAGCAUAGAGUUUCUUUAGUUCUAUGUUUGCUGUAAGUAGCCGAGGCAUGCUACUGUCAGUGUUCUUUCUUGUUACAAGUAAUCCAAAAAUAACUAG